AUGGAGCCCACAGCUCAGGGACGAACUGAAAAGAGUUUCAGCUAUGUCAUCAGAGCUCCCAGCAGUGAUGCGUUGGAUGUCACGCACGUGGAUGUGAAGAUCGACACAUGCUGGAUAUUCCGGGACCUGGAGGAGAGUGGUGAAGCACAGGGGUGCCUUCCAGAAGAAGUGGCCGGGACCCCAGAGGUGGACACGGGGAUGCUCGGGAAGCAGCUGGAAUCCUCAGAGCAGAAGCCUGUGGCAGCUGUGGACACGCACGUGAUGUCGGAGUCCAGGCUGAGGAGCAGGAUUCAGGCACUGGAGGUGUCACAGAGGGAGCUGCUCUGGGAGGUGGACCGGCUGCGUGCCUGCGUGGUCCAGGAAAGAAGCACCUCACUGUGGGCCCAGGAGCAGCUGCGGGCACUGCAGGAGGAGCUGGUCAGCCAGGUCCGGCAAGAGGAGAGUGUGGCUUGGCGGCAGCGGCAGCAGCUGCGAAGGCUGAGGGGGCAGCUGCGGCGCAGGGAUGAGGCGCUAGGGCUGCAGGCUGUGGCCCUGGAGCAUUGCCGGAGGAUCCAGCGGUGCCAACUGGGUCUGGUGCGGGAUCAGGAGCGCGUCCUGCGGGCGCAGGUGCAGCGGUUGGAGAGGGAUGUGAGGCACCUCUGUCGCGCCGCGGGCCUCCUGCUGGCUCAGCGGGGCACUGAGGCCCCCGCGCCAGUCUCGGCCCCGGAGGCAGCCGCGGAGCUGUGCGCCCUGCAGCAGAGGGCAGAGCUCAGCGAGCGUGAGCAGGAAGAGGCGGUGCGUCGGCUGCGGGAACAGCGCGCCACCGAGCGCGUGCUCCGCGGGCAGCUGGAGGAGCUGCGCUGCUGCAUCUACGGGCUGCAGCUGUCCGAGAUUGGCCUGCAGGGCCAGGUGGAGGAGCUCGCCCAGCAAAACCAGAGCCUGCGGGAGGAGCUGGGAGCCCAGGCCCCCGCUGGUGGCUGUAGCCUGGCCGUGUUCACGGUUCCAUCAGAGCCCCUCAGGGCCAAGCGCAGCUCAGGGGGCAUCGCCUGCUCCCUCCAUGGUGGGGGUGCCACCCCCUUGGUCCAGGACACAGAGCUGCCAAUGGGUGGUGUGGUGGCUGGGGACAAUCAGGGGAAGCUGCUAGGGGUCUUUCCAACCAGGGCCGUGUUGCUCCCAGGCCAGCCCUUGGAGGGACCCGGCACCUGCAUCUGCGCUGGAGCUGGGCCAGGCCCCGAGAGAGCGGGCGAGCUGUCGGAGGGCCGCACAGGGUCUGCCCGUGAACAGCCUCCUCUGGCGGAGCCCAGCCUGGAUGGACAGACUCUUCUCCUGGUGUGUGGUUCUUCCCCAGCGCAGCACAUGGACGGGUCACUCAUCGCCCUGGACCUGGCCUGGGUUUCAGAGGGUCUCAGAGCCGCCCAAGCCCAGGAGCCCUUUCUCCAGGUGCAGACAUCCACGCUUCCGCUCCGGGGGCUGGCUGGGGCCCCUGGGCUCCUGCUGCCACUGCUGUCCCAGGAAGCUCCCCCAGAGGAGCUCCAAGAAGAGUGUGCAGCGCCUCCUCUGCAGGGGGAGGACUCCCCAGAGGAGCCUGAACCCCUGAGCAGGAGGCAGAAGGUGGGAGGCUGUGGCCAGGGCCUCCUGGGAGGACUGUCACCAGAGGAAGAGGCUCCCGGGACUAGCGCUUCAUGGCCAGCUGGUGGUCAGCUCCCUGCAGGGAGGAGCAAAGCCCUCGAGAGGCGGGUUCCAGGCAAACAGGACAGCCGACCGGGGUGUGGAAGUGCUCUGCGUUCCCCAGAGGGAAGCCCUGGGGUUGGGGGACAAGAAGAGGAGGAGGAGAAGGGGCUCCGUCGAGAAGCCUCCAGUCUGGGGAAUGGGCCUGUGCCCCAGGAGCUGGACUGCAGGCAGUGCCAGGGCAAGGAGACACUUUCCUCGGUGGCAGGGUGUGGCUUGCCGCAGUCUCCCAGACUGGCUGUUCUGGGUGAAGACACUGGUCCCCCUCGGGCUCUGAGCAAAGGACAGGAUAGAUAUUCUCUCCAAAUAGAUGCACUUGAGCAGGACGUGGAGGCCUGUUUCCAGCAACUGAACACCCUGAAACUUGGCAGCCGGGGUCACCAGCGGGAGAUGGCCCUUGUGGUGGGAAAGAACUGGAGCUUUGCUCAAAGGAGGCAGAGCAGAGGUGAGGAGAGCGGAGAGGCCACCAGCCUCGAACAGACUGUGGCAAGGGACACCAGCAGAGCUGUUACAGGGACGUCCCCUGAUCAGGAGGAAGCCAGCCUGGACCCUGCAGAGCUCCACGGGAACGCGCUCUCCACACCCUGGCACACCCUCGAGAGGGCCAGGGCCACGUUCCGUCAGCUUCUUUCCUCACUGAAGAACGAGAGGAGCCAGGUCUUAUGUGACAGGGCUGCACCUCCGGAAGACCAAGAGGGAUGCUGUCAUAAAGCUUGCCAUCUCGAGGCAGAGGGCCCACGACGCGCAGCCCGGGUGUGCGGCCUCCAGCAGGCCAACCGGGCGCUGGAGGGAGACCUGGCCCAGCUCAGGAGGGAGCUGGGCCAGUACGCGCAGGCCAUUUCCGACCUGGAAGAGUGCAAUGCGCAGAGUUACGGCAAGAUCUCGGAGCUCGAGGAGGAAAACGACAAACUGAAAAGGGAUCUAGGCCAACUCCGGAGGGCCAUGUCCCAGAGCGCUAGGGAAUCCCGUGGCCCCAGGGAGCACGUCGCCCUGGAAAAGAGGGAGCUCAAGGCACUGAUUUCGGAGCUUGGGGUCAGCUAUAAAGAGCUGGUAAGGGGUGUGGGGCUGGGGGUGGAAGGCAUGGUCCCGGCCUCCCAGGGGGAGAACGAGCACCUUCUUCGCAGGGUCCGAGCCCUGGAGCAGGAAGUGGCCUUGCAGACCCGUGGGGACAGGGCGCGCUCGUUGGGAGGCCGUCAGCAACCCCAGGAAAGCACCAAGGUGGCGGUGGACAAGGUGUGCACCAUGGACAGAGGGGUGCAGGUGACUCCACUCUCGGGGCGGCAGGUCACAAGCCCCUGCGGGCCACCCUUGGAGGAGGCAGUGGGCGUCCCUGGAGGGCAGACGGGCCCUGCCUCGGACCUGCAGGAUCCCAGAUGUGGCACUGGUUCUACCGCUCCAUCACUGGUCUGGAGAAAUGCUGAUGUCCUCCGUGUCUUGCGAGGAAGGGGCGGAGCAGGAGGGGAAGCAGCACGUCUGGAGGGAGAGGAGAAAAGGCCAUGGUGUUCCCACCAAGGGCACGCUCUGAGGACCUGGCGCAGCGGCCCCCAGCUCCAGGACACAGAGGCCGAGGCAUCUGAAGAGGACCCCAGGCUGUGUGUCCAGCGGCUCCGUCACCAGGUGCAGACCCUGAAGUGCCAGCUCAGAGACCAGGGGUGGGCACACCGGGAGCGGCAGGAGGAGCUCAAGGGCAAGCUGGAAGAGCUCCAGAGAAAGCAGCAUGAGGCCGACGUGGCUGUGGCCCCACUGAAGGCCAAGCUGGCUUCCCUGGUCCACAAGUGCCUACGGAGGAACCACCUCAUCACCCGGCUACUGCGGGAGCUAGGCAGACACGGGCCUGUUGACCUCCUGCUCUCUGAGAUGGCCCAGAACAUGGUCCACGACGUGGCACUGUCGGAGUAUGCUGCUGCCUUCCUGACCACUGGACUCCCAGAGACAAGCCACCACCUGGACGUCGGCUCCCAGGGGACAGCAGCUGUAAGAGUUCAGGAACAGCUGCYGAGUUCUGAAACAGACGGUGUCCUCCAAAGCCCGUGGCGCUCAGACUCCUGGCCUUUUCCCAAGGCUGAGUGGCCAGCACCGACAGCUCGGCUGGAUUCGCCAAAGCUGCCUCUGCCCUCGGGGCCCACCCUGGAUCCUGGACCUGGGCCAGCAGUGGUCACCGUGGAACCAGGAGGAGAGCCCCAUCCUGGCCCCCAUGCCCACAGCCUUCUGCCAGCCUCGGAGGUCCUGAGCCCGGCAAGGAUCCUGGCUCUUCACCAAGAGCUCAGACAAAGCAUUUGCGGCAGUUCCCAGGUCAAUAAAUCACCGCUGCAGUUAGGAAUUUAA